CGCCAAUCAACGAGCGCCGCCGCGGCCGUGCCGCGUCCCGGAAGUGCCGUGCCGAGCUCCCGCCUUAAAGGGACCGCGCUGCGCUGGACACCGCCACCGCCCCGCGCCACCUGCCCCGUGCCCAGCGCCGCAUGGCGAAGGCCGGGCACGGCUGGAGCCGCGCGGCGGCGGAGCAGGGCGAGGCGGAGGAGGGCGAGGACCCGCUGGACGCCAGGAUCGCGCGGACCGGCUGCCUGGAGCAGCACCGGCGGCUGCAGGAGUGCAUGGCGGAGCGGCAGGACUGGCGGCACUGCCAGGAACAGCUCCGAGCCUUCGGCGCCUGCAUGGCCCGGCGGCAGCAGCCGCAGCGCGGGCCGAGCCCAGCCCGGCCCCCGGACUGACACCUUUCUGGCUUUGUUUUCAUCCAACUGCUUGGAAACCCAGGUGGAAUUGUUGGGAAAUUAAACCUGGAGUUUGUCGCCC